AUGCAGGUUAUUGUGCAACUACUGCGUAGCGUAAACUCGCCGCAUCGAAAAUCGAAUCACACCCGUUCGACCAACCGUGACCCUCCCCUCGCCCUCGCUUUCCUUUCCCUAGGUCCCACGCUUCCGCUCUCUGUCGUCCGCGUCGUCGCCAUCAUUUCCGCAGCUCGUCGCCUUCGCGACCCCAGCCAGUCGCGAACGCUCCGUCCGUCGCGAACGCUCCGCCCGUCGCCUUCACUUCCCCCCCGUCGCCUUCACUUCCCCCCCAUCGCCUUCACUUCCCCCCCGUCGCCUUCACUCCCCGCCCACCGUCGCCUGCUCUUCCCCGUCGCCUUCACCCCCCCCAACCCCGUGGUGACUUCCCACCCCCCGUCGCCUUCACUUUUCCCCCUCCCGUCGUUUUCACUUCCCCCGCCCCAUGGCCUUCAUUUCCCCCACCCCGUCGCCUUCACUUCCCCCCCCCCCGUCGCCUUCUCUUCCCCCAUCCCGUCGCCUUCAACCCCCCCCCACCACGUCGCGACUUCCCACCCCCCGCGCCUUCACUCCCCCCCCCCCCCCCCCCUCCCGUGGCACUCGCUUCCCCCGCCUGUUGCACUUGCUUCACCACCCGUCGCCUUCACUUCCCCUCCCAUUGCCUUUCACUCUCUCCUGCUCAUUCUCUCUUCCCCGCCCGUCGCCUUCUCUACCCCUCCCAUUGCUCGUCUUUAUCCCCUCCAUUCCCCCACCCUACGCUCUCUCUCCUCCCCCACUGCUCACUCUCUCCCCCACUGCUCACUCUCUCCCCCACUGCUCACUCUCUCCCCCACUGCUCACUCUCUCCCCCACUGCUCACUCUCUCCCCCACUGCUCACUCUCUCCCCCACUGCUCACUCUCUCCCCCACUGCUCACUCUCUCCCCCACUGCUCACUCUCUCCCCCACUGCUCAAUCUCUCCCCCGCUGCUCACUCUCUCCCCCGCUGCUCACUCUCUCCCCCACUGCUCACUCCCUCCCCCACUGCUCACUCUCUCCCCCACUGCUCACUCUCUCCCCCACUGCUCACUCUCUCCCCCACUGCUCACUCUCUCCCCCACUGCUCACUCUCUCCCCCACUGCUCACUCUCUCCCCCACUGCUCACUCUCUCCCCCACUGCUCAAUCUCUCCCCCGCUGCUCACUCUCUCCCCCGCUGCUCACUCUCUCCCCCACUGCUCACUCCCUCCCCCACUGCUCACUCCCUCCCCCACUGCUCACUCUCUCCCCCACUGCUCACUCUCUCCCCCACUGCUCACUCUCUCCCCCACUGCUCACUCUCUCCCCCACUGCUCACUCUCUCCCCCACUGCUCACUCUCUCCCCCACUGCUCAAUCUCUCCCCCGCUGCUCACUCUCUCCCCCGCUGCUCACUCUCUCCCCCACUGCUCACUCCCUCCCCCACUGCUCACUCCCUCCCCCACUGCUCACUCUCUCCCCCACUGCUCACUCUCUUCCCCACUGCUCACUCUCUCCCCCACUACUCACUCUCGUUCUCCCUGGACUCACUUAUCUUUCCCCCCUGUUUACUCUCUAUUCCCCUUCGUUCAACCCUUUUUCCCCACAAUCCCUCUCACCUCCCCUGUUCACACCCCUCGUUUCCCCCUGCUUACUGGCUUUCCCCUUUGCUCACCUCCUUCUCCUCCCUGCUCACCCUAUAUCCCUCUUUGCUAUCCCCAUCCUCCCCUCCCCGCAUGUCCCGCGCAUCAUGUGUCCCUCGCGCACUCCGCGCUACCGCAGCGGACUUGA